AACCAGUACCAGUCCGCAGCGACCCGAGCCCCGCGGGGGACCUCAAACAUCAUUGGAACUUUUAUUUUUGUGAAAACUGAACCAAAUUGAAUUUCCUAAAUGACAGCUGCUUAAAAUGAACAGUGUUUAUGAUCUGGGAAUAUGCCUGUUAACAAAUCACCUGUGAUGAAUAAAUCUGGAGUAAUACCUUCCUCUUACCAUGAAAAAUCAAAGUCACCAUUUUCAAUCACAGAAGAAUUCAUCUUGAGAUUCAACGAAACAAAAAAUCCAAAAGAGGAGGAAGAAUUGUUGGACAUAGCUAGAAAACACAUUGUCAGAUGUAAGAGGAAAUUGGGUCUCAAAACCUUAGGCACUGGGAGGCAUGUGCAUCUUCCUACCGCAUGGACUGAAGUAGUAUAUCUGGCUCAGUGCAAAGGAGAAAUCCAAGAUGAAGCUUUAAAUAUGCUUUAUGCUUCCCUGGACCAUGCUUCCUUUGAUUAUGAUCAUCUGCCUGCCUUAUUUUUUGUUGCGGAGUCAGUUUUAUAUAGACUCUGUUGUGAUGCAUUCCGAAGGACGUACUUAUACUCAGUUGAAAUAAAGCUAGCAAAGAUUGGCUAUUUGGUCUUCUUACGAAUUUUUAUAUAUUUCCUUUAUGGUCACCUGGGAAGUUUUAAACAACAUUUACUUAGGUUUCAACCAUAUUUAUACGCACUUUGUUUCUCUGGAGAAUUAUAUUGCAAGUAUCCAAACAUCUUUUCAAAUGUGCAAUGCAUUCUGAAUAUCAUGAAAAUUAUAUGUAGAAGAGAACUCCCUUCUGAAUUAAUUUUUAGCCCUGUGGAAAAUAAGGACAAAUCUAAGAACAUAGAUUCUGAGAUGGAACAUUUGCAACUUAAUCAGAAACAAUAUGAAAUUACCCACCUGCUCUGGCACUGUGUUGCUGCCUGGUCUUGUGUUCAGGAGAAUAGUCCUCAGUUGAAUAAGGUGCUUGAACAUCUCAUCUUUCAUAAAACACAGCUUCAAAAAAAAUGCUGGUUGGAGUCAGCACUGGCUUUGUUGGUCCUUGGGGAGGCUGCCAAAUUAAACAUGGCCUGCUUGAAAGCUUUAAUGGACCUAAUGAGAGAUUUUCUUUCAAGCAUUAUGUCUGUUCUGAAUCAGGAAGAAAGCUGCAAGGUCGACAGUUUUUCCUGGGCCUGGAAUGUUGUCUACAUAUACACAACAAUUCUUGCAGAAAUCUGCUUGUAUGCUGCCACUUCUGAUUUGCAAAAAACUGCUUUCAUUGGCUUCUGUGACUGUGAAAGUUCACAAGAUAUUUUAUUCACAGAAAAAUCAGAAGAACUGCCAGAACUGAAGGAAACAAGUAUUUUAGGUCUUUUGGAAUAUUUCUCUUCAAAAACAUCGGAUAAUUGUGAUCAAGUGAAAUGGACUGGAUACUAUGGCUUAGUGUAUAAUCUGGUGAAAAUGUCAUGGGAACUUCGGGGAGAUAAGGAGCAAGAUGGACUUGGAAACAAAAUAUGGCAAAUAUUACAGAAAAUAAGGGAUCAUGAGAAAGAUGGGAGAAUCCAUAAUGCAGUUAAUAUUGCUCAGGCCGAGAUAAAUGACCCAACUGAUCCUUUCACAAGUUACAGGACAAAAGAUUUAUCAAGUGUAGGGGGUGAAAAUUUCUCCAAAUACAUAGGAUGGAGAAUUGCCAACGUGCUCUCCAAACUCUUCUUCCCCUCCCCUGAUGCCUGUGUCCUUCCUCUGGAAAAACCAUUGAGAAAACGGGACCCGAUGAAAUAUCUGAAUAAAAAGCAGGAUUCCACGAAGAAGCGAGUUCUACGUUUUACUAUAAGGGAACAUUCUUCUGUGCCAGAACUCCCCUUGUUCCAAUAUCCAGAUUUUUUCACCAGGGCGGAUAAAGAGUUGGCAAGAAUCAUUGAUCAUCACUGGCAGGAAGAGCUAAAGAUCCGACAGAAUGAAGAUGCAAUAUGUGAGGCGGAAGAACGUAAACGUAAAGAGUUACAGGAGAAAGCCCACUUCAGAGAAAUCAUGAAGAGAAGAGAGGAGAAACUGCAUAAGCAAACCAAACCCUAUGAGCUUCCUCCUAGGACUGAAGUAGUUUCAUUAGAAAAGAAAAUGACUCCUCAAAACUGAAUCUAUAUGCCAGAAAUUCACUGCACGGAAGAGACCAAGAUAGCUUCAGAGAAGCCACAUGAACGAAUUAAAUUUCCCGGAGAAACUGCAAGGUAAUUCUGAAGGAAAAGAG